AUGGUAAUGAAAACUGGAAGUUCUUUGAAGGACCUGAAGGAAGGAAUCGCUCGGGUGAAGGCGGGCAACUAUGCGUAUAUGAUGGAGUCAUCGAUGGUGGAGUACUACAUGGAAAGAGACUGUCAACUGCAAAGCAUUGGUGGUCUUCUGGAUUCGAAGGGUUACGGAAUUGCGCUUCCCAAAGGAUCACCACUCAGAGACAUUCUGUCCCGGACAGUCCUUCAACUGCAGGAACGGACUAUACUCGAGGCGCUCAAAAGUAAAUGGUGGCGUGAUAUGAGAGAAGGUCCGUCUUGUUCUCCUCAGGCAGAGAAGUCUCGAGCUUCACCUCCUCAAAGUGUUUUUGGUAUUUUCUACGUUCUCGUUACGGGACUUAUUAUUGCUCUGUUGUUAGCUUUUGGAGAGUAUUGCAUUGAAUCAAGGCAUGACUCAUCUCGUUUAAAGCUAACCGUUUUAGGAAAGAUUCGUGAUUGGUGGAUUGGACUGAAUUGUGAUAAAGCCGAAAAGGCUCGAAACAAACUUCGCAACAUGCAGUUGGACACAGCUGGACAAGAACUUCCAAAGUAA